AUGGCGAAAGACAGGACGGCGAAAGCUGAGGCCAAGCAAAAGGUCCCAAAGGUCGUUGACGACAAGGUGAAGAAGGCCAAGAAAGAAAAGAAGCCCAAGGCUGUAGCCAAGGAGGAAAGUGAAGAUUCGGACAGCUCCGCAGCUUCAGACGCACAACAAGAACAGAGUGGAAAGAAAGUAAAAGAGUCUAGCUCGGACUCGUCUUCCGACUCCGCCUCGGAAGCAUCUGACGACUCGUCCUCCGAUUCGGACGAAGCAGAAGCACCCACGAAACCCAAGAAGGCUCCCGUCGAGGUUGAGCCCAACUCCAUCUUCACCAUAGACACCAAGCCGACGAAGGCCGCUCCCAAGGACGAGGUAGCGCUCAAGGAGGACGGGAUCAUAGACGAGAGCGGCAAGAUCAACAGAAGAACACGUCGCCGCCUGCAACUGAUUGGCAAGCAACGCGAGGCGCUCCGGAAGUCCAUGAACCUCGGCGCCGACGACAACUCGGCGGAGCUGGAGGCUGCCUUGGACAAGUGGAUCAAGCAGACCGACGGCAAGGCGGCUGUCAGGGAUAAGAAGAAGCAGGACCGCAAAGAGAAGGAGGCCAGCCGACUGCGCACGAGAAAGGGGAAGCUGUUGAAGGGCCGCAAGCUCAAGGAGCGUCAGAAGGUUGUGUCCAAGCUGGAGAGGAGAGAGAAGAAACUGGCACAGGAGCAGGAGCAGACCGAGUCUUGA